GUUACAAUCGUCGGGGCACAAAAAAUCAGAUACGCAAACAGACUGGAAAAACCACUGUUCGUAGUUCUCUUUUUUAUAUUGUUUGGAGUUAUGUAUGGGUUUAUCAAAAAAAGGCAGUAUGGUUUAAUAAGACCUAUAAGACUAGAAAGAGCAGAAACAACAAAGAGAGUUUAUGAUUUAGAACUAAGUCGAACCAAGGAAUUCGCACUUUCUCACCGAGGUGGGGUGACAUGUAUAAGAAUUGAUAAUAGUGAACAGAGAUAUUUAUUAUCAGGAGGUGGUGAUGGUAAAGUACAUAUCUAUGAUUUGGAUUCAAUGACAGAGAAAAAUGAACCUAUUGCGAGUGCAGCAAGAAUGGAUCAGCACAAAUAUGCUGUUACUUCUCUUUCUUGGUAUCCAGCUGAUAAUGGUCUAUUUGUCACGUCAAGUUAUGAUUCUACGAUCAAAGUAUGGGAUACAAAUGAAAUGAAGGUAACCUUUAAUUUAAAAAUAAGGGGGAGAGAGAAAGUUAUUAAUGAUAAGAAGGCGGUGGAGGAGUUUAAUAUGGAAUGUCGCGUUCAUUGUCAAGCCAUGUCAGGUAUUGCCAGUCAUUCACUGGUAGCAUCUGCAGCGGCUGAACCCAGAAUCAGACUGUGUGACCUGGCGAAUGGGUCCUUUACUCAUUCAUUAACUGGUCAUGCUGGGUCCGUGAUGUCCUGUGUUUGGUCUACCAAUCAAGAAUAUAUUUUGUAUUCAGGGGGGUCAGACGGAACCAUACGCGUAUGGGAUAUAAGAAAGGCGUCUUCUUGUCUAAUGUCCUUGGAUCAAAAUAAUGCAGUCGAUCAAAAUCCACUUGGCGAAACAAAUAGUGCACACGGUCGAGGCAUCAACGGUUUGACAGUAACAAAUGAUGGAAGGUUUUUGGUGUCACUCGGACUAGAUGAGAAGAUCCGACUAUGGAACACACAAUCUGGGCACAACACUUUUGUAAAUUACGGAUCCAGCUGGAGGAACCGAUUUAAGCUAUGUUUGCAACCUGCCUUGUCAAGUCCAGACGUUUGGCCUCCUCUGCUUUAUAUACCCAGUGAUGACAGACAGGUUCUUGUCUAUCGUCUUACAGACGGCAUGCUUGUCAAACGGCUGAAGGGCGCUUAUGGAAGAGUGACGUCUGUUGAAAACAGGGAAUCCCAUCAACAGCUGUACAGUGGCUCAAAUGCGGGGGAUUUACUCGUCUGGGAACCUCCAGCGAUGAUAGCUGCUGUAGAAGAAAGAGAGGUUUGUAAUAUGGAAUCUAAAUAGGAUGCUCUUAUUUAUUAUGAUAGGUCGACGCGGAUGAAUGGAGUGACUAUAACGAUGAAGAUGACAUAAUCUAGAGUCUCUAGGAAACAUUCUUAUUUUGAUCAGUAACCCGGAUCACAUUGUUUUGACAAGUGUAACCAAAAUGUGUAUUUAUGGCAUAUGCUUUAAAAGCUCCUUCUCUCUCUUCUUCUCCUCUUUAUCUUUCUUUCUCUCUCUGUUUUUUCUUCUUCUAAUGGGUUGUUGUAUGUC